CGGGUGCCACAGGUUGACAAGGCUUCGACCCUCUUACGCAGGCCAACUAGUGUCAUUGUUGGGGUCCCCAGUUACUUCUUUACUAGCCCUUGUUUUCCUCAUUGCUUGCCAGUUCUACCCAUCACUCUUGUUUGUUUCCCCUUCUCUUCGCGUCAUUUCAGCAUGGAGGUAGCCCCGAUCUUGACAUUCAAGGCGGGCUUGUGUGACUUGGACACAUCCACCACACCUCCCAAGGUAAAACCAUUACCGACUCCCGGCUACCUAUACCUCUACGCAGACGAUGAUUUGAUCCAUCUGUGUUGGCGUCCGCGCUCAACUCCUGUCGACCAACCUGAACUUGAUCUCCUGAUGCUUCCUCAAGAUGGAACAUUUGUCCCGUAUCAAAAAGCAAAUGGCAGAAUCUACGCUCUCAAGUUCUCCUCUUCCUCCCAGCGGCAUCUGUUUUGGCUGCAAUCUAGGAGUCAACACCCUCAUGGAGAUCCGUCAUUCUUUAGCGCACGAGACUUAAAACUUGGAGAGAUUGUCAACACUUUAUUGCAAGGUGAAUCGGUAGAUGUCGAAGGAGAGAUCGCCAACCUACCGCGCAAUGAUAACAAUUCUCCUGAUGACGAUGAUGACGAGCCUAUGGAGGAUGUUGAAGGCACCAACCAUGACAGAAAUCGUGCUCCAUCGAAUGCUGGAGGUGGUGCAGGUCCAGAUGCUACAGGCGGAGACGUUCGUGAAGAAGGGGAGCAGUCAAGAGAAGGUGGCGCCGAUGGCGGUCGAGCAGCUUCAGACAACAUGGACGUCAGCAGUAUUGUUCAGAACUUUAUCAAUUCUAUGGGCGGCCAAACAGGACAGGGUGCGAGUCGGCAAGGAGCACAUCAAGAACGAACCUUUACCACACUUGCUGACCUAUUAACUCCUCCCUCAACCAUACCAUGGAUUGAUUCUGCUGAUGAAGAACUGGUGGAUCAACUACUGCAAUAUCUACCGCCGGCGUUGGUCACCCUAGCGCAAGAGGCUGAUGACUUGGCAAAUCUGAAUAUUGAUCAAGCAUCCGUUCAGGCCGCCGAACAAACUCUGAGCCUUGCUCAGAAGAAAGAUAUUCUCCGAAGAGUGCUGCGUUCACCCCAGCUUUCACAAAGCCUAUCAAGUCUUACUGUUGCACUUCGGGAUGGUGGUCUGCCUAGCAUCAGCGAAGCAUUGAACAUUCCUGUUCGCAAUGGAGGCUACAUGCGACGUGGCGGAGUGCCGUUGGGAGGUGGUGACGCUGUCGAAGCAUUUCUAGACGGUGUCAAAGAAUUUGUUGAAAAAGAAAACCAAGGAGGUAGUGGUCAGGACCAUAUGGAGACCGAUUGAGAGCUGAGAACUUCUUUGGACCUAUUCAAAUUAGUGUCCCUUCAUUCGAUUCAAGCUGAGCGAUUCAUUCGACUGUCCUAGACCACGAUAAUCAAAUUACCUUUGUUCUUCAGACAUGGACGUUUACUUGUCUUAUGUAUAAUCCAGCAUCGUAGUGCGACGGAACUAGAGUAAAUUAUAAGGUAACCGAACAAUGCCC